AUGACUGCGCCCAAGAAGAACUUCCAUGUGGCCAUCGUCGGGGGUGGUAUCGCCGGCGUCACUCUAGCCAUCGCCCUGUACCACCGCAACAUCUCCGUCACCAUCUACGAGCAAGCCCACGAGUUCGCCGAAGUCGGCGCGGGGGUCGCCUUCGGCCCCAAUGCCGUCCAAGCCAUGAACUUCUGUCACGAGGGCAUCUACAACGCGUUCGAAAAGGUCUGCACCCGAAACCUCUGGCCCACGAAGCAAAAGGUGUGGUUCGACUAUCUGGACGGGUACAACAAGGGGCCCAACCCGGCGAACAACGGUCGCCAGGACAUCGAGUUCACCAUCUCCAACAGCGUGGGACAGAACGGCGUUCACCGCGCGCAUUUCCUCGACGAGUUGAUCAAGCUGGUGCCCAAGGAGAUUUCUCGCUUCAACCGGCGACUAGAGGACAUCCACGAGCGCAUUAGCGAUGGCAAGUUGAUCCUGAAGUUUGCCGAUGGAUCCGAGGAGGAAGCCGACGUGGUGAUCGGCUGCGAUGGAAUCAAGUCGCGGGUGCGCCAGCUUAUCGUGGGCGCCGACCAUCCCUCUGCGAAGCCGUCCUACACCCACAAGUACGCCUAUCGGGGACUGGUGCCCAUGGAUAAGGCGGUCGACGCGAUCGGGGAGGAAUUGGCUUCUAACGCCUGUAUGCAUAUGGGUCCCAGCGGCCACAUGCUGACCUUCCCCGUCAACAGGGGCAAAACGCUCAACAUCGUCGCCUUCCACACCAGCCCCGACGAAUGGGCCGAGUACCCCCGAUUGACGCGCCAGGGCACCCGCGACGAGGUCCUGCGCGACUUUGCCGGCUACGGCUCCAACGUGAUCAAUCUGUUGAAGUUGACCGAUCCCGAACUCAGCGUGUGGGCUAUUUUCGACCUGGGUGAAAACCCUGUGCCGACCUUCCACAAGGGCCGGGUGGCUAUCUCCGGGGACGCCGCGCACGCCACCUCGCCGCACCACGGGGCCGGCGCUGGGUUCUGUAUCGAGGAUACCGCCGUCCUGGCUGCUCUGCUGGAAGACGAGUGGGUGCAGACGCACAAGGACCUCAAGGCCGCCCUGGCAGCGUUUGACGAGAAUCGCCGCGAGCGCACGCAGUGGUUGGUGCAGAGCAGUCGGUUUAUCGGCGACUGCUACGAGUGGCGUGCGGAUGGCGUGGGCGGCGACUUUCAGAAGAUUGAAGCGGCGAUUAACCACCGGAAUGGGAUCAUCGCCAAUGUGGAUAUCGGUCAGAUGUGCGACGACGCACGGAAGCAACUGGAGCAGAGGCUUCAUGCGGAGAAGGCCUCCUUAUAG